AUGCGUUCGUUGGAUGAAUCGAGGAAACGCUGGCAGAUCACGACUGGGCAUGCUGCAAGCCUCGAUUGUCUCAAGAAGUCCGUGAGGGUCGACAGCGAGGAUAGCCCAUGCGUCUCUGGACUGAGGUCGACUUUUCUGCUCUUCCAGAGCACCGAGAUCACGACUUGGUCACGCGCUCUGGUUGACUCUCGGGGCGCCUACACGUCUCUUAGGGAGCACUUUCUACGUUUCAUCGAGAACCCAGACGAGAUCGGUUCUGCGCUGGAUCCGUUAGACGACGAUCAACAUUCCCCCUGGAAUAGCCUACGGCAGGAUGAGGAGGUCCGGGCAGAGAUAUUCCAAGAUGUGGAAAGGUGUAUGCCGGACGAACCCUACUUCCGACGCCCAAAGACUCAGACAAUCCUGCUCGACAUCCUGUUCAUCUUCUGCAAGAUCAACCAAGAUGUAGGGUAUCGACAAGGUAUGCACGAGCUGCUUGCUCCCAUUCUUUGGGUAUUGGAACAGGAUGCUAUAGACUAUGGAAGGGAUGGUGACCAGGGACAAAGCCCUGGUGAAGAUUUGCUUCUGAAGCAGAUUUUGGACCCGGCGUAUAUUGAGCACGAUGCCUUCACACUUCUCUCACUGGUGAUGCGGUCUGCAAAAUCCUUCUAUGAACUAGGUGAGCCGGAUCGAGAGGCAAUAAUCGAAGCGAAUUACUCAUUUGCUCUAAUGUUAUUACUCAAAUACCCAGCACCCGCUGCCCCAGAUGGCCCACAAACUUUUGUGGAUGAUGCCAUAUUCCUUCGGGACAAUUUCAGUGCAGCUGGUGGCGCAGAGAUCAUAAGCAAGUACAGUGGAAAGACACCAUCUUUGCAGUCCUCGGACUCGAGACCUCUGACGCCACUUGGUCAAGCCCUGAGCCCAAAACGCAACCCGAUAAGGACAAGGUCCCAGCUGUCAUCGCCAGCACGAUUCUUGCAGCAACAAGGAGGGGUUGAGGCACUACUUCAAGGCGCUGCUAAUCGAGUGUUCGACCGAGCGGAGCGACUCGGCAUCAACCAAGCAGUUCGAGACGCUGUUGGCGAAGCGAAGAAAAACAUGCAAGGUUUCCAAGCAUCGAGAAAUGAUUCUAGGCGAAGAACGUCGGAAAUUAUGAGAUGGUCACUCGAUGAGGGUAGAUCAGUCCCCAACCCUAGAACGGCCAUGACGGCAAUACACAAUCGCAAUCAGCAACUUGCACGUAUGCUGGAACAAGCGAUGGCCGACCUACGAGCGGUCUCGAUUUCGCCUGAUGGAAAUAAGGAGAAAUAUGUCCAGGCGAUGGACAUGGCAAUUGCCAAAGUAGAGUUCGUCAAGGUCUACUUGGAGGAUUCGACAAUGCCUCUUCCAGAAGAAUUACAAUCCGAUCCCCCAUCUCCCAAAAUACCAAUACCUGAUUCUCCACAACUCCCACCACACCCCCCUACACAAAUUGCGACGCCAGAGCCACCAGCUUUGUCAAUUCUAGAAGCAGUGACUCCAUCACCUGCAGCCAAAGAUACAAGCGACCGGCUGCAGUCCACUCAAGACACGCAGUUGAAGUCAGAUUCUAUACCUGUCCCAGCUCCGGUAACGCCGACCAUAAAAGUGCAAGAAUCGAGCGCCAGAUUGGCAGAGCAAACAUCGUCCACCAGACCAAAAGCCCCAGUCCCCACGCGCUCAACCAUCGCACAGUCUAGUUUUUCUUGGAUGUUGGAGCCGGAUGAUCUCUCAGGGUCUUCGGCCAAAUCCUCGUCUCCGAAUUCCGGGUCGCCAUUCCUCAAGUCUGGCCGACGUCCAACUUCCGGGCCGAACCGGGAGAAGGCCGCAUACUUGUUUGGUGAAGAAGGAGCAGAAACACGACCGCCUUUACUCCAAGAAUCGCAAGAGGUCUUUAAUCUCGGGUCUAUAAAGGGAGCCAGGGCAAAUGAUGGAUGA